AUGAGGCUCAGUCACAUUCUCGCUCAUGUGGAACAACAGUUUACACUGUCAGACCUGAUAACCUGCUCAUAUGAGAAUUUUUCGAAAAACGAGUUAUAUAAUGUCACAACACAACGAGUGCAUGCACGCCUGUCGACGUUAAAGGACGAUUGGGAGCGCUUCUGUCUAGAACAUAAAGCCAUCCUGAUUGCUAUUCAAGAACUGAGUAACGACGAUAAAUCUACUAUUAAAGCUAACCCGUAUUUUACAACAAAUCUUUAUACUUUAACACAUGAACGUUACGUAACCGUAGUCGAACGCUUGACUGCUUUACUCGAAGAUGAUCAUGGAAGCGUUCCGAGCACGUCAUCGUCGCGGGCUGCACCACUCUCCCAUUCCAGCUUACCGGUGUUCGUUCACCAUGCGAGAUUACCUCGAAUUGAUCUGCCCAAGUUCAAUGGGACUCCUACUGACUGGUUACCAUUUAAAGACUUAUUCCACUCACUUGUUAUUCAGAAUCCAACAUUAUCAUAUGUAGAGAAACUUCAAUAUUUAAAGUCGAGUUUAACCGGUACAGCUUCCUCUUUACUAAAGAAUACCACUUUAACAGCCGACAAUUUCUUAAAAUCCUGGGAAGCAUUAACCGCGUUUUAUGAAAAUAAGCGCUUAUUAAUUAAUGCAGCUUUACAAUCGUUAUUAUCUAUCAAACGUAUGACGAGGGAAUCAUCCGGUGAGUUGGAAAAAUUGUAUACAAAUGUAAUGCAAAUUUAUAGAUCUUUAGAAGGGCUACAACGCCCGGUUGAAUAUUGGGAUGAUUUUCUAAUUUUUAUUGUACUACAACGCAUUGAUUCUGAAUCCGUGAAAGCAUGGGAACAGCAUCUAGGUUCCUCCAAAGAUAUUCCCACUUGGGAUCAGUUCAAUGAAUUUCUAGUCGCUCGUUUGUUAUCCUUGAAGGCAUAUGAGAAGUCUCGCUCGGGAAAGAGUGAAACGCAAUCACUUCCUACUGCUGUCAAAGCACAUUACCACGGAAAGACAAAGGAAACGGGUUUGGUCGAUACAAAAUCGUGUCCGCUCUGCAAGGAGAAGCAUUACGUUAUGUCAUGUCCCAAUUAUUCUAACAAAACGGCUCAACAACGUAUUGCAAUCAUCAAAAGGUAUAAGCUGUGUUACAACUGUCUUGGCUUCCAUCUGGCAUCCCAUUGCAAAAGUGUUAAACGGUGUACCAAGUGCGCCGCUAAGCAUCACACUUCCAUACACCAAACGCCUCUACAGAAAUCUACCAUACAAUCUACCGCAACCGAAUCCGACACCACAUCCAAACAUUUGGCACAACGGCUACGUUUAAUACGCACAUCAUCCAACGUAUACCUUGUAGGAAUAGGUGCUCAGAAGGCGACCAAAUCCAAAGGAUAUACAAAGUUCACCCUGUCACCACACUUUGAGUCUCCUUAUAAGCGUGAAGUAUCCGUUCAUAUCCUUCCAAAACUGACGACCAGCACCCCGUCGAAGGAUACGGACUCCAGCACUUGGACCCACUUACACAAUCUUGAGAUGGCUGAUCCGGAAUAUUAUCGCCCCGGAUCCAUUGACCUAAUACUUGGAGCCGAUGUUUACGGAAGAAUCCUUUUGGAUGGAGUUGUCAAGGGAUCAGAGGACUCUCCUAUUGCACAACGAACACAUUUAGGGUGGAUUGUCUCUGGACUGGCCGAAGAGGGGACCAGUUCACCCAUGGUACAUGGAUAUCACGUCGCUAAUGAUGUAGAUCUUUACAAUCUUAUACGUCAAUUCUGGACCUUGGAGGAGAUACCUUUGAGUAUGAAAUCUCACCUCUCAUUAGAGGAACAAGAAUGUGAGAAACAUUUCUUAACCACACAUUCGAGAGAUCAAAGAGGCCGUUACAUAGUUAAACUUCCUUUCAAGAAAUCCGUAAGUCUAUUGGGAGACUCUUAUACAAAGGCAGCAAAAGUACUUUCCAAAUUAUUGGACCGUUUAAAUCAGAACGAGAGUUAUUCUCAAGAAUACUCGAAUUUCAUUUCUGAAUAUGAAGGGUUACGACAUAUGCAAAUUGUUGACGAAAGUCUAGCAUCACCCCCUCAUAGCUAUUACCUUCCACAUCAUGGCGUCUGGAAGGAGCAAAGUCUCACGACAAAAUUGAGAGUCGUGUUUAACGGAUCCAGUCCCACCACCACAGGAUAUUCCUUGAACGAUAUCCUUCAUACGGGAUCUAAGUUGCAAAACGAUCUUUUUGACCGAAUAUUGUGGAGGGAUGCUGUAAAGGGUUUCCGCACCUAUGAAUUAACAACGGUGACCUAUGGACUUGCUUGUGCUCCUUACCUUUCUUUAAGAGUAUUCCUUCAACUUUUGCAGGACGAAGGCUCGAAAUACCCAUUAGCGGUACCUGUGUUGGAGAGAGGAAGAUAUGUGGAUGAUAUCUUUGGUGGAGCAGACUCGAUCGAUCAGGCAAAAGAAGUCGCUCAGCAAUUGACAGGGAUUUGCAUGGCGGGCGGCUUUAAAUUACGGAAGUGGAUAAGCAACCAUUCGUCGGUGUUGGAUUCUAUUCCAGAGGAUAGUCGCAUAGAGGCCACCACGAUCAAUAUUAGCGGGGAUCUUUCUGUUAACACGCUCGGGCUGUGCUGGCAACCAGCUACAGACGCAUUUCAAUUCUCCUUGAAUAUACCUGUGUCUACAUCAUUUACGAAGAGAACAUUAUUAUCGAAUAUUGCGAAGCUGUACGAUCCGCUCGGUUUCCUAUCACCCGUCAUCAUUACCGCCAAGAUUAUUAUUCAGGAACUAUGGAUACUAAAGAUGGAUUGGGAUGAUCCUUUGCCUGAUUCAGUGACAAGACGAUGGCUGCAAUUUACUGAAAGUCUGCAGGAUUUACCUCGGCUUACAUUCCCUCGUUGGGUGAAUUACACUUCGAGCUACUCGAUUGAAAUUCAUGGCUUCUGUGAUGCAUCUAAUCAGGCAUUGGCUGCCGCGGUGUACAUCAGAGUGGCUACUACUCAAGGGGCUAUUCGAACCACGCUUUUAGCAUCGAAAACUAAGGUAGCUCCGUUGAAAAAGCUAACCAUUCCUCGGUUAGAGUUGUCUGGAGCUUGUCUAUUAACUAGACUAGUGUCACAUAUACUUAAUGUUUUCACGUUUCCAAACAUACCUAUAUUCCUGUGGACGGAUUCAUCCAUCACUUAUACCUGGAUAAGUAAUCAUCCUUCUCGAUGGAAGGAUUUUGUGCAAAAUCGGGUGAGCUUUAUUCAAGAUACUCUUCCUCAAGCCAAGUGGAGGUUUGUACCGGGGACAGAAAAUCCUGCUGACUUAGCGACCAGAGGGUUAACCCCUUCUCAACUGGCAGAGCUGCCCAUAUGGUGGACAGGUCCACUUUGGUUGUUGCAAGCAUCGGAAGAGUGGCCCGUCAUGGCGUCAUCAAGCAAGCAACCCGAGAUUCCUGAAGAACGACCUGCAAGGUCCAACACAGUAAGGAGGCGCUUAGAACUAUGGGAUCUACUAUGUAAAUUUUCCAACCUAACCAAGCUUUUUCGUGUCACGGCUUUAUGCCAGAGAGCCGUUGCUCGCUUCAAAAGGAACACGAAUCUAAGUACAUCACGCACCGCUACUACUAAGGAGGUAGAAGCAUCCAAAUUCUUUUGGAUCCAGACGAUCCAGCGAUUCUACUUCCAUUCAGAGAUUGAUACACUCUCAAGAGGAGAAUUUUUAUCAAAGAACAGUGUAUUGUUGCGGCUUAAUCCAUUCCUGGACGGUCGCGGUCUUCUGCGAGUAGGAGGGCGCUUACAACGCUCUCUCCUUACAUUCUCCGAACAACACCCGUUGAUUAUUCCACGAGAAUCACCGUUGACCGAUUUAAUAGUAGCAGACGCUCACACUAAGACAUUACAUGGUGGUACACAACUCACCUUAGCCUAUAUAAGAAAACUUUACUGGAUAAUUGGAGGCAGAGUCCCAGUGAAGGCCUUCAUCUUAAAGUGUGUCACAUGCGCACGAUUCCGACAGGAAAGAGCUCAACAACUGAUGGGACAGCUUCCGAAAGAAAGAGUGACUCCUGCUCGACCCUUCACACACACCGGAAUUGACUACGCCGGCCCCUUUACGGUAAAGACAUGGAAGGGAAAAAACGCACGAACGUAUAAAGCAUACAUUGCUCUCUUUGUAUGCUAUUCUUCAUCUGCCGUCCACCUAGAACUAGUGACGGAUUAUACUGCUGACACCUUCAUCGCAGCUUACAAGAGAUUUACUGCACGGCGAGGGAUAUGUACGACGUUAUCGAGCGAUUGUGGUACCACUCUCAAAGGUGCUGAUACCGAAUUGCGGCGAUUAUUCACUCAGUCCACAAAAGAAUCAGAAAAACUAGCCAUACUAUUGGCAAAUGACGGAACUGAGUGGAAGUUCAACCCACCGGCCGCUCCACACUUUGGAGGUAAAUGGGAGGCAGGCGUCAAGUCUGUGAAAUACCAUCUGAAUAGAGUAGUGGGAACCACAUUACUUACGUACGAAGAGUUCACUACCCUCUUAACCCAGAUAGAGGCAGCACUCAACUCGAGGCCGCUGUCACCUCUUAGUGAAGAUCCUGAAGAUCUUAAUCCACUAACACCAGGACACCUGUUGAUGGGAUGUGCACCUACAGUCAUUCCUGAGCCCUCUACUGAGACAAUUAAGACCUCCCACCUUUCAAGAUGGCAAUUAAUCCGUCAGAUGUUGGAGAGUUUCUGGACAAGAUGGUCUAAAGAGUGUCUGCAAAGGUACUAUGCGAGGUACAAGUGGAAUAAACCAACUCCAUCUCUGAGGGAAGGCACUCUAGUAUUAGUGGUUGACGAACGGUAUCCUCCAGCAAAAUGGCCUCUCGGGCGAAUCAUACAAGUUCAUCCUGGCAAGGAUGGUUUAGUACGAGUCGUAACAAUACGUACUCAGACUUCAGUAUUGAAACGACCUAUUACAAAAAUCUGUCCACUCCCUGUUAUCCAUGAAACCCUCUAA